AUGCAGUCUCUAGACACUACAAAAGAGCCUGAAUACAGGAUCGCGUUGAGAGGUAUCAGGGCAACACUGCUCAAGAAUUAUCUGCCAUUUGCUUUUUUUGUGGCUUUGACGAUCGCCCUGGCCUGGCCCCUUCCAGGCCAAAAGGUUUUAAUCCCUGUGGUCAAGGAUGUGCACGUCGUCACAUUUAUAAACAUCUGCACAGUGUUUCUCAUCUCUGGCCUCACACUGCGCACUGAUGAGCUGAAGCAAGCUCUCACCCGGCGCACCUUGUUGGGCACAGUGUCUGGGUUUAUCUCAAUCCUUGGUGUCACACCGUUAUUAGGAUGGGCGACCAUCAAGCUUCCAUUCACUCCUGUGGCCUUUGCCACCGGCCUCACUAUCUUCUGCCUCAUGCCGACAACUCUGGGAGUAGGAGUGUCGCUUGUGACAUCGGCAAAGGGCAAUGUGGCGCAGGCCAUUCUCCUAACGGUGGGCACCAAUGUUUUGGGGGUAGUGCUAAUUCCACUGUGGCUCAAGGCGAUUCUGCCCUCGGCCGGCGACGCCGGAUUGGACGGCUUGGACAUCAGCUACGCAGACAUCUUUGUGAAACUACUCAUCUCCUCCCUCGUGCCCACCGUCAUCGGCAAGCUCGCGCGCGACUUCAUCCCGGCAGUCACGCGCUUUGUGAAGGCCCACAAGACCUUCCUUUCAUUAGUCAACAACACCAGCCUCGCCAUGAUCAUCUGGCAGACCAUCUCCAGCGGCCAGAAGGCCAUCGUGGAAUCUGAUGUCGGCACCUUCCUCUGCGUCAUCGUCUCAGCCUGCAUCAUCCACUUCAUUUACCUCGUCUUCAACACGGCGGUUGUGUGCGCCAUGCGCGUGCCGCUACCGGAGGCGGUAUCUGUCGUGAUAAUGGCGUCGCAGAAGAGCGCGCCGGUUGCUGUGACGGUAAUCACAUACAUCGCGCGCGACACAGCGCUGCAGGGAGUGUUGGCGGUGCCCUGCGUGGUGGGCCAGCUGAUUCAAAUCUUUGUGGGACAGCCGCUGGCGAAUUACCUGGCCGGCCGCAUCGAGCGGUGGCGCGCGGCGCAGCCGCCGCGGCCGGACGAGUCCGACGUGAAGCUGCCGCCUGAUAAUGCGAGCUCUGCAAAAAUUGACAACGCGGCAAAGGUCUAA